GAUCUCACCAUUCUCUAAGAGCAGCCCAACAUACAAUCCUAUAUAUACAUUCAGACCCAUAUUUCUGUAUCACUGCCAUGCCAAGUCUAGCCACAUCACGACCAAGGGAGCAGCAUUUAAACAUGGAUGCUGACAAAAAGAAAAGGGGAAAAGACAGGGGAGGAAACCUGAAGUCUCGGUUGCAGUGCAGAUUGUCUCAAGCUACUAAUACUGAAGAGCUUUGUUUCGAAGAGAUGUCCCAGUGGUCACAAUCACUCGAGAGACUUUUAUCAUCGAAAUAUGGAAUGAAGAUAUUCCAGGCCUUCCUGAAGUCAGAGUUCAGUGAUGAAAACAUUGAGUUUUGGAUGGUAUGUGAAGACUAUAAGAAAAUCAAGACUUCCUUCAGGUUGACCGCCAGGGCCAAAAAGAUCUUCAAACUCUACAUUCAAGCUGAGGCUCCAAGAGAGAUCAACAUUGAUCACAAGACCAGGGACGUGAUCAGGCGGAACAUUAAGGAGCCCAGCACAGUUUGCUUUGACGAUGCCCAGAGGAUCGUCUACGGACUAAUGGAGAGGGACUCCUACCCCCGUUUCCUCAGGUCUGACAUCUACAGGGCCUUACUGGACUCUAUAUCGGAAUCAGGGAAGAUUUAAAGAAAGCAGAGAACAGUGACAUUGCUUCUGUAGAGACUGAUCUGUGAAACUGAGCCCAAGGCUGUGUUAUCUGAGAGAAGCUGUCUGACAGCAUCUUUGUGUUUGUUUGUCUUGGGACCACCGGUGGUGAUUCUUCAACACCAAAAGCAACCAAAACCUGUUAUUUUCAACACAUUUCGACCAUCCUUCUAAGCUGGAGAGGUCAUGGCUCGUGUGAUUGUAUUUAAGAGAAGUAGCUGGCUCUGUGGAGAAGCUGUUGAAGAGAGUUUAUUCAGAACUAAUUGUGUCACGGAAAAUGAUGGUUCCAGGUGAAAAAUGGCUGCAGUUGUGCAUUAAUCAACAGAAGCUGCUGUGAAGCACUUGUUAAGCAAAAAGCUUCCUAGACAUGCAACAGUUAAUGUAGUGAAAAUGCUGGGGACUUUCUGUUAGAGACGCCAGGAAGUGUAUGUAGUGCAACAACACCCUCUGCCCAAGAUGCAAGUGCAUGAGCUGGUACCUGCAUUUGCACUUCAUUUUGAGUUAAUGUUAUCUCAUUGAAGCAAUAGAUGUCAUCUAGAUGUGAUUUUUUUUAAUGCACAGUCUUGUGCAUUAAACUUCUUUUACGUUCAGACAUCAGUGCUAUGUGUUAUGACAUCAGUGCACACUGAAAUAUCUAUAUGUUAUAACUAUAAUUAUCUUUUAUAAGCUAAGUGUUGUAUUCAACAGGUUGUGAAUUGUGAAUGUGAAUAUUAAAUGGAUUUGUACA